AUGCUUCCUAAAACGCGUAAGCCACUCGCAUCUUUGCCUGCAAGUCAAAUGAAUGUCCCAAGAGAUCUAAACAGUAAAAUGAAGCUUUCUUCGAAAAUAGAUAAAACUACAUCUUCAUCAUCAUCUGCAAGUAGCAACGAAGGAAAUGAAAUCAAUGAAAAAGUUAAAAAGCCAAAGCUUAAUUUCCUACAAGUAACCCAUCACAGAGCUGUAGUUAAAGUAAACGGAAAUGUUUAUUAUCAUAUCGAUAAAGAGCCAAUAGGUGCAGGCGGUACAUCUAAAGUUUAUAAGGUUGCCAAUGCGCACGGCGAAGAAUUUGCAUUAAAAGUCGUAGACUACUCAAAUGCCGAAGAUAAGACAAUUGUCGAAACCUAUAGAAAAGAAAUUGAGAUUUUAGAACAAUUUAAGGGCGAAGAUAAGAUCAUACAGCUCAUUGAUAGUGAAAUCAAUGAAUCGAAGCAAAAGAUUUAUCUUGUUCAAGAGCUUGGUGAUGAAGACCUUAAGAAGUUCAUGGAAUCAUGUCCAAAUGAUAAGUUUGACAUACAAUUAAUCCAAAAGAUAUGGUUUGAAAUACUUUCUUCUGUUAAAGUUGUUCAUGAUAAGUCAUAUUGCCAUACAGAUCUAAAACCAGAGAAUUUCUUGUUUGUAAAUGGACGCCUUAAGCUUAUCGAUUUUGGGAUUGCAGAAAAAGUUAAUAUACACGAAGAUACAACUCGCGUAACAAGAACAAACGCAGUUGGAACUCUAAACUAUAUGGCACCUGAAACUUUGGAUCCUCAGAACCGUAAAGUUGGAAGAACAACAGAUGUAUGGGCUUUAGGGUGUAUUUUGUAUCGUUUAGUUUAUCACAAAAUGCCAUUUCCUCAAUCAAAGCCAGAGUUGAAAAUUUUGGCAAUCACAGGUGGAAUGCCAUACGAAGUCGUCUACGAUUCAAUAGGAUAUGAUGAAGAUCCACCAGAAUUACCUUUAAUUCAACAUAUCAUUCAGCAAUGCUUGCAAAGAGAUCCAAAAUUGAGGCCAGAGAUACACGAACUUCUUAAUGAGCCUUUGAUUCCACUUCCAGAAUCAGCAGAACCAACCAAAGAACAAAAUGAAUCAGAAAUGGAAAUGAUUCCAGGAGAACCAGAAGACAUAACACCUGAAGAAAAGCUAAAUGAUGUCGAUUCUGUUAUUUCUCAUGACGAAAGUGAUUCUCAUCAUGAGAUUAUCGAAUCUGCUCAUGAAAUAAUCGAUUACAAUGACCCAGAGUUCGUUAAUUAUAGAAGGUUCCCUGGCUACUUUAUAUUCCAAUUCUUGCUUGAAUUCAUUAAUUUUAUCCAGGAAAAUGUUUCAUCUCAACCAACAAUGGAAAAUGUUUUCAGUUCAUUGCACAUAUCUAAGCUGAUUGAAGACUAUCAUAUUGAAGAAAUCUCUUCAAAGUUCUCAAUUGCAGAUUUUAAGUCGAGAUUACUGCACUUGGCUGAUCAAAUCUUCAAUGAUUAUUCAGAUGAUGACUUCAACUCUCAAAAUACAGGUCAUACUAUUGUUUCUUAUCUCACAAAAAUGUUUUGUAAGAAUCAAGAAUUUGAUGUUAACUCUGCAUUAAGGAAAUGGUCAUAUUAUCAUCAAAAUUAA